GGGUUUCCUCCUUGAUGCUAAGGACUGGACUCUCUAGCAGAUGUCCAGGCAGACUGAGAAGAAAACCACUUGGCGUGCAGUGAAGAUGAAUUCUCUCUAGGCCCUAAAGGCAAUCUGUAGGAUGCCAGGAAGGCCUUUUCCCUCUGGCCAGCUGGUAGCCACCAGUCUCUCCGGUGAUGCUCAUCAGAACUGUGAAAUCGGCCCAACCGCCUUCUGAAUCUUUUAAUGCUACCCCGGAGGAGGUGACCGGAGGGAUCCGCUUUUGGCAAACAGAGCGUCAAAAGGCUACUUGCAUACCUCUUGAGUGGACUGCCUCUUCCAGAGGGAGUUUAUACCCAAUCAACAGCUGCAAGCUGGGGCACGGGAAGAAGACCUCAGCACACCCUCCGCACCAGCCCAAGAAGUCAGGCCAGCGAUCGAAUGGUGCCACCUUGCAUUCUUUCAUCUCCGUCUCUGUGCAGCCCCGAAGGAAACAGAGUUGGCUCAUCCGCAUAGAACAGUUUCCACCAGCUACGCAGCAUGGAAAGUCUGAGAAGUCCCAUCUGGUGUUUCCAGCAGAGCAAGGUUCUCUCAAGGAAGUAAGAGCUGGGCCACGUUGGCUUCCAGCUCCAGGGGGCAUCCGCCAGGCAAAACCCAUGAAGAGUCCCAGCCCAGGCCUGCCUCCUGAUGACCCUUCACUCGUUCCCCGGUCAUCCAGGACGAAGACCCCCAGCAUCCGCCACCACAGUGCCAACGCGGAGGUCAACCGCAUCCUUCAGGACAGCAUCAAACAUCGGAUCUUGUACCUGUCGGAGCAGUUGAAGGUGGAAAAAUCUAGCCGGGAUGAGAACAUGGUGGGCUACCUCAAGCUGGUUUCCAAAGCGGAUCGGCAUCAAGCUCCUCUCAUCAGGCAGGCCUUUGAGAAAGUGAACCAACGCUCCUCUGCUACCAUCGGCCAGAUAGAACGCAAACUUCAGCAGAACUACCGGCAACUCCAGGAGCUGGAGCUGGCCGUCAGACCCAGGAGCUCGACCUUGAAUGCAGAUGCUUCCUCUCCAGAGACUGAGCAGCCCACUGAGCGGGUUUUAAGGUGCGAGUACCCCGAGCCCGAGGAGACGGGACCCCCGCCAGCCAACGUCACGUGCCCCUCUCUGGAGGAUGACUUUUCUGGUUCCCAGCAGGACCAGACUUCCAAGUCGGGCAGCUUGAACAGACAGGAUGACUUGGCCGUCCAGAAAAUGAAUGACCAGCUGGAUGUUGUAAAAAUGUUCUAUUCUAGCUUGGAAACAGACUUUCAGAAUCUAAAGGAAAAGUACCUGUCUGAAUUGGAACAGAUAGUGGAAUGCCUACAGGAAGAAAAAUGCAGACGCAGAUUAAUGGAAGAACAGGUUAAUGACCAUAUGCAGGUACACCUGGAUGAGAUCUUACGCCUCAAGCAGGACCUGGCAAGCACUGAAGAGAAAAUGGUUUAUCAGUCCUACGAGAAAGCAAAAGAAAUAUGGGAGGUGAUGGAAACCUUUCAGACCCGCAUUUCCAAACUAGAGGCUCUGCAGCAAACAGCGCAGCCGGAGAUGGUGGAGAAAUGUAAAACCCAGGCCCAGGUGUUCCUGGACAAGUUCAUGAACCUACUCGUCACUUUGACCAACAUCCUCCUGGUCUGCAUCACUAGCAUGUCCUGCUGCCCCUUGUCUUUGAUCAGGAGCCCUCCGCGCAUUUUAGCCACCCUCAUGGUGAUUAUCCUGGGAGCAGUCGCCUGGCAGAACUGGCAGGCCAGACCAGACAUGGACUGGCAUGCUUGGCUUUCCUCCAAGUGGAAAGAGUAAUGUAAGGAGUCAUGGGCGCGGUCAGUUUGAAUGUAAAAGGGCCAGGAGGACGAAGCUCAGCAAGGGAUCUUCCCUGGUAGCCCCGUCCUUUUUUCGGUACAGCAGGGCACUUCUGCAGCCCCCCUCCCGAGUUUGCCCCGUCUCUGCUCCUCUCAGUUAUUUCUUUGCCAGCGAGGUUUCCAAAUACCACCGACCCACCCAACAAAUGUCUUGCCCAUCAUUCCUCCCGGCGGUGGCUUGCCUCCUACGUUAAAUGACGAUCCGCCACUCAGGGCGAGAGAGAGACCAAUGCGCUGCCUGUCAGAGUGUUUGUAUAUUAAAGGGGGAGGUGAGGGUCUCUCUUGGCGCUGCUCCCUAGGGCUGUUCCCACCUCCAACAAGUCAGGCUGGCCUGGGCAGGCAGUGUGCCAGCUGAAGAAAGAAGAGUCCUGUCAGGUGGGCCUUGGGGGAGACUCCCCCGUGCUGUCCCCAGAGAGGGAAGAGCCAGCUGACCUGCGACUCCUAGAAGGCCCAGACUUCUCGUUGUGGGGAUCAAUACUGAAUCUAGAAGGCAGCAGCCGUUAAGCUGGUGGGAACAUCCUUCCUCCCUGGCCCCUGUUCUGUGUUUGUGCCUUCCCCUCAGUCUGAGGAAGAAUCUGGAAGCAGCAGCUAGAUUGGGGGGCACAGAAGAGAUAGGGGAGAUAUCGCUAGAAAUGCCGAUCUUUCCUUUCAGAUUCUGCCCUGGGCCCAGGUUCCAACCUGGCUCAGGCCUGAGGGGAAUGGGAGAGGCAGCCCUCUCCUGCAGGGGAGGUUAACUUUGGAAUCUGCCUAUCUCUCAUAGAUUCAUUCACACACUACCCCCUCCCACCCACCCUGAAACUAGAAAAUAGAAAAAAGUCACCUACCCCUGCACAAUCUGUUCCACCAGGCAGUUCUCCAGAUGCUGGAAGAUUAAGGCCACUCUGGCUCCGGAAUUAGCUCUGAUGGGUGGAGUUGAGUGGAAAGGACAGGGCAAGUUGCAUUGGCUAAACCUAAACACCUUAUGGAAAGAGGAAUGAAAACCGUAAGAAGAGAUUCCUCAGGCCCAGGGAAAGAGUGUGGCCUUACUUAUAGGAUGGUUUUGAGUUUGGCCCCUCUGGAAAACAUUCCUUUCAACACACCUCGUACAGAAGUUAGAGAAACGUUUAUUGCUAUUUGGAACCAGCAUCUUAGUGUUCCCCUACUAUGUUUCUCGUGAGCUCCUUGCUACCUAUUUACAAGUCGAGGGCUCCUCAAGCGUCAUUACAGUUCACAAUUACCCAGUAUCAAACGCUACUCUGCCAAAAUGGCUAGUUUUAGUCUAGUCCCUAAGUCUGAACUUCUCAGUGGGACAUCACUUCACUGCAUCAGAGGUAGCCAGCUGUACCGCUUGCCAGAGAACCUUGACCAGAAGCAUGGAGUCUGAGGCCUGGCCUUUCUUCUGGCUUUGGUCCUCGCCUCAGGGUUCAGGUUUUGCUUGCUUGACCUAAGCUAAGAAUGAAUAAAGAACUUAGGGAGAA